AUGAGAUUCACGCACCAAUUUAGCAAGCACAUCCGUUCAUGCAUUUAUGUCAUUUUUCUCCUCGUGUUAUGUGCAAUAGGAAUUAAGCUCCUCAAGUACCUCAAAAAAAAGUACCCCCGAUUUUUAAGCAACGACAAAAUUGUUAAGCAGUGCACCAAAAUAAUCGCGCGAAAUAAUUUCUUCCAGCAAAACCUGCUAUACAGGAUCAUCAAAUACAGCAUCAUCAGUAAGUUGCGGGGGAUGUCCUCCCGAGGAAAAGCCAGCUACGGAUAUGCGACGCGGCGGAGCAAAAGCAACUAUGAGGACAAGAUCAUCCACAGAAAGAAUGCCUCCUUCUAUUACUUGAAAAGGGCAAUCUUCUUUUUACACAACUAUAAAUUCUUGCACAUAAAAAAGAAGCUCAAGUGUCUGUUCAUUCGAAACAACAUCACCGACAUACGAAACUUGAAACACCUGACGUACAAGAAAGUGAUUCAGUUUAAGAAGGACAUGAACGUGUGCCUACUGGAGGCCUACAACUCCUUCAGCUAUAAAAACAAAAAGGAACUGCUGUACAUUUACUUCAAGUUGUACUCGAAGAUUUUUUUUUUCUUUCAGAGUGAAAAUAUUUACUUCUUUCAUUUCCUCACCCAUGUGUUGUUGGUGUCUUGGGUGUACACGCCGUUAAGUCAGUCGUUGCAUGGAGAGGGUGCCUAG